AUGGUGGAAAAAGGAGUGAGAAUGUUGAAGAGACUGAGAGCAUUGUUCACAGUGUGUUGCAUUGUGUUGCCUAUUUUUGUGACUAUUACUUGGCUACACUAUUCAUCAAUCUCUUAUCUUUUUCAAGAAUUUCCCAACUUCAACAACAUCUUGUCUGAGAAAUCCCAGAAAGUUACAGCGGUUAUUUCCAAGGAAGCAGACCCAGCCAUUGCAGUGAAAGUGAAAGACCAGAGAAUUACAUUGGAACCAGAAGACAAUUCUUCCGCUGGUCCAACAAGAGUUGAUGAUGAAGACAAUCAACAGCUUCAUGGACUUGACAUGGCUUCAACAUUUAAUAAUGAAGGAUCAUGCUUAAGCAGAUGUCAAUCUCACUUCUACCGCAAAUCCUCCCUUCAUAAACCCUCUUCGCACCUCAAAUCCAAGCUUCGUCACUAUGAACAUCUGCACACAACCUGUGCACCUUCCUUCUCCUUCAUCAGAAAUCACUACACCAACCCUAAUAAUUCCACCAUCAAGCAUGAUGCUGAUCAUUCUACAAAUUGCAGAUACCUUAUCUGGUCAGCCAUGGAUGGUUUAGGAAACAGAAUUUUAAGCUUGGUUUCUGCAUUUCUUUAUGCUGUCCUCACAGACAGAGUUCUACUUGUCAAAUUUGAAUCUGACAUGGGUGGUCUCUUCUGCGAGCCAUUUCCAAAUUCAUCAUGGUUAUUAUCGCCUAGGGAUUUUCCUGAUCAUUGGGAAGAUGAUGGUGAUCAGGAGCAUAAGGAAUUGUCAACUCAUCAUCGUCCUGUUCUUCAUCUAAGACACACCAAUGAUGAUCACUAUGACUUCUUUCACUGUGGCUCUACCCAAGAUCUUCUGCAGAAAGUUCCUGUGUUGAUUUUGCAGUCGAAUCAGUACUUUGUUCCUUCCCUUUUCACGAUCCCAUCUUUCAGGAAAGAUCUUACAGAAAUGUUCCCAGAAAAAGACGUAAUCUUUCACCUUCUAGGACACUGCCUUCUUCACCCAUCAAAUGUUGCAUGGAAAUUCAUCAGAAACUUCUAUCAGACUCAUUUGGCCAUGGCAAACCAGAAGAUUGGCCUCCAGAUUAGAGUAUUCGACACACACAGAGAACCCCAUCAAGUUGUUCUCAACAAAAUCAUAGCUUGUGUCUCCAAGAACAAUCUUCUUCCUCAAUCAGAUAAGCAAAUUAUACCAGUAACUAAUUCUCCUUCUCUAUCGCAGAACUAUACCUCAAAAGCUGUUCUUGUAAUUUCUUUAUAUUCAGAGUAUGGAGAUAAAAUAAAGGCUAUGUAUAUGGCAAACACAAGUGUAACCAAUGGUGAGGUGAUAAGAGUUUAUCAGCCAAGUCAUGAAGAGCAUCAAAACUCAAAUGAUAACAAACACAACAUGAAGGCCUGGACUGAGAUGUAUCUGCUGAGUUUGUGUGAUGUAUUGGUGACAAGUUCAUAUUCUACUUUUGGGUAUGUUGCUCAGAGCCUUGGAGGUCUGAAGCCAUGGAUUCUGAAUAGGACAUUUGGUGGUGAAGAGGUUCCAUCAUCAGAUCCUCCAUGUGUAAGAGCCAUGUCCAUGGAUCCUUGUUUUCACUAUCCUCCUAAGCGUGAUUGUAGUUCCAAUACUAUUGCCAAUAUUACUUCUUUAUUUCCUCACACUGUGCACUGUGAAGACUUUGGAAAUGGAGUGAAACUUAUUAAUUAG